UACUUCCCUUUUGGUGCAUUUUCCUUAACUGCCCCUUCGAGAUGAUGACUCUAAGUGGUUGUGGCUUUUGCCUGUCCUGCCCUUGCACAUUCAUGUCUCCUGCUACUUCUUUCGCAUAGGUACUUGGUUGGUCCUGCACUUCAACGCACCACCACCACCACCACCACCAAAGCGCAUACACACAUUCAUUAUUCUCAUUCGCACUUUCCACCUUACCAUUUCUUUCAUUCCUUUCCUUUGAAUGCCUGCUUGGCCAAAAGCAAUAAUAUCGGCGAAUAGCCAAACCUGCCGAAUCGAAUCCCACACCCCCAAACCGUCACGUUAUUGGAUGGUCUUUUUGUUGAUCGAGAAUCUGUCGCAGACCUCCUUCAACCUUCUCCAUUUCAUUACUCCAACCUCUCAAUCCAAAUAUAAUUGACUUACAAUGUUCACUUGAUCCACCCUCCAUGCAUCGAAAACCAGGAAAACGACGAAGAAGCUGAGUGCUAUGAAGGAGGCGAAAAUCCGGGCAAACAAUAAAUUAAUAAUGGAGGUCGAGGCUCAGACCCAAGCCUCCCAUCCACCUGUAGUUCGUUCACCUGAAAGUUUGCGUCAACGUCAACGAGAUCGAUUGUCCCCUAGAGGCCGUUUUGCGACACUUAAUACUAUACCUACACCUCUCACAGAGGACGAAAGACAAAAUAAUAACGUGCCAUCAUUGUCCGCUCCAAAUUUGAGGAUUACUGGAAAGAGAAGCCCGAACCAACAGAAAAAGCUGAUGCAGGAGAGUUCGCGCAAUGAUAAUAAUGUUUACCGGCGGGCUAAGAGAGAGGCAGAAGAUGAGAAAGGCAGUAUUGCUCCUGAUGGGGGCUCUGCUGGCCGGGAAGGUAGACAAUUUACCGUUGCUAAAGUUGGGAAUGGCGGAAAGAUAUACUUACGGUAAGACAAGGUGAUGCUUGUUGACGAAAUAGUACUCGUUACCACCAGAACGAAGUUUAAAUACUUGGCAGUAAACAGUACUGACAGACGAAUAGCCCGUCAAUACGUCCAGCAAACCAACGCUAUCCUCAGCCAUCUUUCGUCUUUCCAACAACACCACCAGAUACUGCUGGACCUGAUGCUGCCGGGUUUCGUGGAGAAGAGGAGGAGGAUUUGAGUCACCGCGGUAGUCUUUGGUCCCCGUCAAAGUCGGCAUCGAGCCUAGCCCAGCGGAUAGAAUUCGCAGCUCCGCCAAAAGCACGACGCGCGAGAGCACACUCAUACUCAACUGUAGACGAUCAAUACGCCCCAGUCACCGACAAGGACGCUGGUGCUUUCAAGGUUGUUAUCGAAAGGCCCGGGACUGGUACGGCCACCCAAAAGCCUGACUUUUUUCAAGGUACUCCUGCUCUAGACGUCACUAUCCCUUCGUACAAAUUGGGAAAACCACGAUUCAGCAUGCGCGGCACCCCUUUCCUUCGAGGUUCUUCUUAUACGACCACCAAUGAUGACGUACGCUCAAGUGUCUUGUCAAGCAGAGAAACAUCACAAAUGGAUCCGGCUUCACAGCGCCAUACGCGAACCCUUUCUCGACGUCAUUCCGAUGCAUCUCCACAGCCUAUUGCCGUCAGUGGUCCACCAAGCCCAAACUACCAAUCACGCCCAAUGCCAUCGCCAAGAAUUGUUAAGCCAUCAAGAGCCAUUGAGCCGGAAAUGUUCGAUGCUCUCACUUUCAAGCCAGCUUGCGACCACCCAUCUAUUGUCCGCUAUGGCGAAAGUGGAGGUAUUAGAGCGGCAACUCCAGCUCGUCUUGUUGCAGAAAUUACGUCUCCCACCUUCGUCGAUUAUGACCUUCUUUCAGAUUUCUUUCUUACGUUUCGAUCAUUUCUCGAGACAACAGAUCUUUUGCUCAUGCUCAUCGCGAGGCUGCAGUGGGCAGUUGCGAGAAAUGAUGAGAUUGGUACGGUGGUCAGGGUUAGAACUUUCGUCGCGAUUCGCCAUUGGGUACUAAAUUACUUCUUGGAUGAUUAUGUCAUUGACUACGAGCUAAGAGUGUUGUUUUGUGAACGACUUAAUGCAUUUGCAGAAACACUCUUGCAAGGCGAAACGCACACUAAGGUGCCCUUGAAGAUAGUAGAGGAGCUGAAGAAGUGUUGGCGGAGAGUAUGUGCAUUAUACUGGGAUGGGCCCGACUUUGACCCAGAUCUUGGAGUAGAGGUUCGGAUAGUUGCUGGGGGAGUAGCUGGUUCCCGAGAUCCCAAUUUAGACCCGGCUUUCUGGGAAACCCAUCCCGCAGGUCCCCCACGACUUGAUGGGAUUAUUGAGCCUGACUUCAUCGAGCAUGACACCUCAGUGGUUGAAGGACGAAACUUUUUCGCCGAUGUUUCCCGCGCAGGUUACAUUGACUCUAUAGCCUAUAAUCCCACCCCUCCAAAUGCCAGAGAGGACGACAACGAUCCAGAACCACCCCAUCCCCACGAGCAUAGUUAGUGAAGACUUCGUAUCAUGCUCAUUUCCUAGUCGAACAAGAGGUGGCGGGACUAUUAACCCCUUGGGAGCGCAUCCAGUUCCUACCAGCUCUAUAUACGAUCCAGCUCCCCCGGUGGCAACCACACCUAAAGCAUUGGCCGGUAAACGAGUGCGCCCUUCGCAUUCACACAAGCGCAGUGCAAGCUUCUCCGACUCGUUGAGAGAUUGCCGAGCACAACCAGAUCCCGUACCACCUGUGCAAAAGGUUAUCUACAAGAGUACCGAGUUACUUCUUACUUUGCCUUAUGCUGGAAGUUUAGUGAGGGGUAACCUCUUCCCUCCCGGACAAGCUUUUGUCGAUGUCGUCGCCCCAAGCACUCCAGCAGAAUUUGGUCGAGAAACUACCUUGUUUCCCAGACCGCCACCCAGCCACAAAGGCCCUUCGGCAAUGUCGGGACCAGGGAUGAAAAAACUUUUAGGUAGUGUGCGUCGUGCAUUGAGCACUAGAGCAGGUCAUAGCCCCAGUGGUUCCCCAACGCAAGGCAGCUUUCCCAAUAUGCCUCCCCUGGGCGUUCGAGGGGCAACUAUAAACCGACUUCCUGGUACCGCUAUAGUCCCACAAGCUCAAAAGCACGACUCAAUUCGUGCACCAAUGAGGAUCGACUUGCUUGGCGCUGAAGUUGCCGAAGACUUCAAAAAGGCAGUUCGAGAGGAAGAGGAGGCUGAUGAGGCCCGUAAUUCUCGUAUAAUCAAGCAGCCGUCACCGCCAGGGAGCAGCCAUCGCGAAUCAGCAAUCCACUACUCGACUAUGUGCCCGGAUAUUACCUUGGAAAAUUCAAAUUCCAUAACUUAUAGGUCACCCAAGAGCGAAGUUACAAAUGGAAGCAAGAGUAUUGUAAUUGUUGACGAUACCAUGGCGUUGCCCUUGCCUAUGAUGACUGGCGCAUUGGCCGUGAGCCCAUCUUUCGGCUCAAUCGCUGACACUUUUUUGCAUCUAUCCCAUGGACCUACGCCGCCAACAACGCCCCCAGGAGUUCCUUUCCCUGGAACCCCAAGGAGAUCAUCUCAUCUACUAGGACACACUGUGGACCGCAGUUUAUCGUUAGAAGGUCUUCCUUCGCUCGUCGGUGACUCACAGCCAUCAGGAGAAUGUGAGCAUCCCUUAGGUCCGCGACCAAUUCCUACACAUUCAAUGAGGCUUCACAGUCAAACAUACCGAGUCAGAAAAUCUGCAUCACUACGCCGGUAUGCGUCUUUUCAUAGUGGUUUUACUCGGCACCACAGGAGUGAGAGAAGCUUCGAUGCCACCACAUUCACCGAAGAACAAUCAGUCAGGGAAAGCCUCUCCCGGAAUGCGUCUAUUCCGCUUCCACUUCGAGUACUCCGAAGAAGACCAGGUGGAGAUUUGAGAGCCGUGGGCAAUGUUGGGGACCUCGGUAAUGCUAACCCUCGACCCAUGUCGACUGGCUCCCUGACGACUUAUUCCGAUUCUGUACGAAGCUCGUAUCUUCUUGGUAGUGGAGAUGAUGGCCGAUACGUUGAUGUAGUCAACAGUGAUUACGAUGAAACUCAAGCACAUGUAGAGACAUUCUCGUUGGGGGCUCUAGCUGAGGUCACGCCUAAAGGCCGCGUCUCGCUAUUCGAUACCCAUUCAUCCCAACCGGUCAUGCGCCCUUCUUUUGAGAAAGAAGCUCAGAUGCUUGCUCAGAUUCCAGAUGAUAUUGAUGAUGAUGGUGGGGUUGAAUCAGCUCUUCUGAAACUCGAAGGGAAGUUCGAGCAGAGGCGGUCCGAAACCUCAGGGGGCCAAUUUUCUGGCAGAUUUGAGAACGAAGGAAAUACCAAUAGUUUUGGCGGCGGCCCAUUCGAUGUCAGUACCCUUACUUUGGAUUUCGGCCAGGAAGAAAACUGCAGGCGCCGGCAACGAAAUCUUGUGGACUCGAGAAUUUUCAACAGUCCAGACCCAACUACAUACCAGCCGCAGCAGGCUUCGGUCAGUACAGAACAUAGACCUGCUGCAUAUCAACCGACGGGAAUGCCAAGGACUUCCUCGCUAUCGGGGUCGAAUGGUCUCACAGAUUCAUUUUUUGAAGGCUCUUUCCUUGACGGCGCAUUUGACGAGGAUGCAAAUUAUCACCGGCAUACAAACAAUUGGUCAGAACGCUCAAUUCUUGAAGGACCUGAUGAAGGGCACCAGUUGACUGCGGAUAACACACCGCAUUCCUCUCAUCACGGAUCCUUUGAUUUCAUAACUGAAACAGAAAGCCUGCGAAGAAUGCGCCCCAGCGCAAAAGGAUCUGCUCGUGAGAGUGGCACUCAAUCCUUCCUCAACAUUGACAGUGAUCUUUCUUCGGAAAUGUCUGUCAUUUCGCAAUCCGACUAUAUCGAAGAGAUGUCAAACAUGGCUGCCCCAGCUUCGCAUCCGUUGAGACAAGAAGCAGUGAUCAAUGAAACACCUCACCCAUCUAAAUCACCAAAUCAUCCUCCGUCGCCUCCAAUAACUUUUGUACAGGCAUUGAAUAUGUCUCCAAACACUGCGAAUAUCCCUCGGAUCCAUGAUCACCAGUUGGAGCAGGGGAAUCCUCUACCACCAACUCCCGAUAUCACACCCACUACUGCUAUCGGUUCAAGUGGAUUCGGCAGAGAUGCCUUGCGACCCAGUGGUACAAGUGAAGUUUCUCGUAAAACAUCUGUCCACCUGCCCUUCAUUCUUGCAUUUGAUUCGCGAGUCCUUGCUCAACAGUUUACUCUCAUUGAAAAGGAUGCAUUGAAUGAGAUUGAUUGGAAGGAUCUUAUCGAAAUGCGCUGGAGAGAUGCUGCUACAGAUACUCGCUCUUGGGUUGAAUUCCUGCGCUCAUCGGAACCUCGAGGUGUUGAAGUUGUCAUCGCUCGGUUCAACAUAAUGGUCAAGUGGGCUGUGUCUGAAAUAGUCUUGACUGGCGAUCUGGAAGAACGAGUUCGAUGCAUCAUCAAAUACAUCCACAUUGCCGUGAAUUGUCGAAAAUAUCGAAACUUUGCUACGAUGACGCAACUCACGGUGGCUCUGACCUCUAAAGAUAUCUCCCGUCUUACCUCGACGUGGGCCCACGUUCCGGCGUCGGACAUACAAACACUUCACGAAUUGGAAGAACUUGUGACACCUACAAGUAAUUUCCAUAACUUGAGAGCUGAGAUGGAAGGCUGCGGUGCAGAUCGAGGCUGUAUUCCAUUCGUUGGAAUCUAUACUCAUGACCUCAUUGUCAAUUCGGAGCGUCCAAGUCAAUUUGCAAGCACGCCAACAACGGAACCUUUGGUAAACUUUGAGAGGUGUCGAUGUGAAGCGACCAUCACAAAGAAUCUUCUUAGAUUGCUUGAGGCUAGUCAGUUGUAUAGAUUUCUCCCCAUAGAAGGCAUCACUGAAAGGUGUUUGUGGAUGGCAGCAUUACGAGAUGAAGACAUUGCGAAAUAUGGGAAGUCAAUUCAGAAUUGAUUAUCCACCUCUAUCAACGUCUCUAUCGCACCUUUAAUUCCUUUGAAAACAAGCGCGCCAUGCAGUCACCCAUGCGAGCUCAUUUUGGGGCUUUGCCUGAAUUAAUCUACGAAACCUUCGAUUGGGUUUCGAUUCAUCAAUAGAUGGAUAAAACAACAAAUUCUUUGUAAUAACAAAUUCAAAUUUUGGGGACUUUUGUUUAAAAUUUUGUAAUGUGUUUCACCACAGUAUUCGAACUUCAUACCUCUCAUUUCGAGAUAGCUGCGAAGGAUUCUUUUCAUGUACUUUUUUCACGUUUUCUUGGUCCCUACUUUUUACAAGCACAGCAUAGCUGUGGGUCACCACGACGGCUCAACAUAAUAUUUCCUUAUUGAUAUUGCAGUCUGGCUUCGCACUCAUUUUCCAUGACCAUGACUAUCACGAUCCAUUUCCUGUUGGUUCACUGUAACUUUUUUUUUGUUUUGCUUACGUCCACCGAGUGAUGAGCUUAAAGUGGCUUUGUGGUGUUGAGAGGAUGGAUGGGUGGGUGGGUGAGUGGGA